UCUGGGAUGGCUGAAGCACAAGAAAGCCUUUCUCCUCCACGGAAAGAACAUUUUACCUUGAAUCUGUUUUAUCUCAAAGAUGGCAAAUCUUUGGGAGGAUUUAUCAACAAUUUACCAGAUGGUGUGAAGGUGAUCAACGCAGGAAACCCUACUAGAGACGAGAGCAAUUCCUAUGCUGAGAAUAAUAUUAGAUGUACUCUUACCAUUGAAUCCUCAUUGGGAAAAGAACUGGUAAGCACUGUCCUUAAGUUGUGGGAGAAAUACAUACACGAGAAAGAAUACAUGUCAUGGAUUCAAGUCCUUCCCACAAAACGAGUUUCCUACAAGAAGCCUGUUAUGCUAAAUGGAGAAAAUAUUGAAAUUUAUGGAGGAAGUAUGGUCUCCCCAGUCCAUUUUGUGAAACACUGGCAUGUAGAUGCAUCUCUAGAAUUCCAACAGGAAAAAUCUCUUUUGGUAAUAACGACCUCUAAAAUAAGGAUAGAGAUUAACAUAACCAAAGACUGUAUACACGACUUUGUCCCAAUUGAUACAAAAGAUAGUGAAACAUUUGUAUAUCUUUAUAUGAGAUAUAGUCCUAAAUUAUUCAAAGUUGUUUCUGGGAAUGAAUUAAGGAAAAUAAGGAUACCGGCCAGUGAGACUGGCUUUGCAAAUUUUGGUUAUUUAGAUUGCUUUAGCUUGAAGCUUGCAACCAACAGCCCCAUUCUGUCCAGGAUAAUUUGGUAUAUACAGUACCGAGAUAUUCAUGUUGUUUACGCAAAAAUGGAGUUUCAAAAUCCAAAGAAAGAGAUUGAACCAAAAUUCAAAGAGUUUGAAAAUGCGUACGCUUGGAAAUCAUUGUGUUCUUUAGGAUAUAAAGUAAGGGACCAUGUUUCCCAAAAAGUCAUCGAUGAACUAUACCAAAGAAAAGUUACAGAACAGGUGCUCUUCAAAAUGAUGGAAAGUAUUGCUGAGAAACCUUUCUUCCAUUUUAUAGAAGAGAUAUGUGCAGCGAUGCGAAUAAAUGAUCCCACAUGCAUUGGUCAGGAUAAUGGGAUAAAUAAUCUAAAGAAUUAUUCAAUGAUCCGAAAAGUAUUGCUGACACCAUCAAAAUUUGUUUUUUUGCCAAAGGAACCUGUAUUUCAGAAUAGAAUUGUACGGCAAUACGAGGAAGAUUUCUUCGUAAGACUUGUGUAUCGAGAUAAUAACUUCGAGAAGAUAAGUGCAAUGCAGUCAAAUACACUCAACAGAGUCUUGACAGAAAUGAAACAAAUUUUCUUAAAUGGGUUCACUAUACAUAACCGCCAUUACUCGUUUUUAGGUUGUUCAAACAGUCAACUUCGAGUACAUAGUUUCUGGUUCUUCAGCUCCUAUGAUGGAAUUACGACAGACAUAAUUAGACAAAAAGCCGGAGAGCUGUAUAAAGAAAGAUGUGUUGCUUCAUAUGUUUCUCGUUUCGGGCUCUGUUUUUCAUCAUCUUCCCACGUGUUGAACAUAGGUGAAAAUGGGGAAGAAGUAAAAUAUGAAAGCGAUAUCAUAAGAAAUGGAUUUUGCUUUACUGAUGGCAUUGGAAAGAUUUCAGAGAGACUUGCUACUAAGGUUGCCGAGAUAAUGGGAUUGAAGACUGUUCCGUCUGCGUUCCAGAUACGCUAUGGUGGAUGUAAAGGUGUGGUUGCACAAGAUCCAUCUUUGGGUACGGAAAGGGAAGUUCUUGUCAUUAGAGACAGCAUGAAAAAAUUUGAAUCAAGUUCUACCAGUCUUGAAAUAUUGCAGUUUUCACGUCCAGGGCGACUACACCUGAAUAGACAAGUCAUAACUUUGUUAUCAGGUCUUGGAAUUUCAGACGAAGCAUUCAAGGAACUCCAAGAGACAAUGUUUUAUAACUUGGCAGAUAUGUUUCUUAAAGAAGACAACGCUUUAAUGAGUUUAAAAGAGGUAUCACUACCAACUGAUUUCAAGAACUUAAUUAACAAAAAGGUAAACAUAGUUCGUGAGCCUUUCUUACGGUCUUUGCUUUUAGCAAUAUUCGAGCAGAGAGUGGAGGAUCUUAAGAGAAGAUCUCGGAUUCAAAUACCUUUGGAGAAAGGAAGGUACAUGAUGGGUACAACAGAUGAAGCUCAAACACUGAAGUAUGGACAAGUUUUUAUUCAGUAUUCAAAAGAACUUGACCAACCACUUAAAGAUGUUCAAAUGGUUCUAGGAAAAGUUGUAGUUACAAAGAAUCCGUGUUUUCAUCCUGGGGAUGUACGAAUUUUUGAAGCAGUAAAUAAUCCUCAUCUUAGACAUAUGGUAGAUUGCAUUGUUUUUCCUCAACUUGGUUUAAGACCUCAUCCUGAUGAAAUGUCUGGAUCAGAUCUCGAUGGGGAUGAGUAUUUUGUUUGCUGGGAUGAACGAUUUCACGGGAUCGAAAAUCAAGACCCAAUGGAUUUCCAAAAAGCAAAGAAAACAUAUUUAGAUUCAGAUGUUCAGUUGACUCAUAUUGUUGAUUUUUUGGCCAAUUACAUAAAAAAUGACAACCUAGGAAUCAUAGCUAAUGCUCAUCUUGCUUUGGCAGAUAGUGAACCGGAGGGCAUUUUUUCGGAUUUCUGUCUUAAACUUGCAAAAAAACAUUCAGAUGCCGUUGAUUUCCCCAAAAGUGGGAAAUGUCCACAAAUAGACACGGACGUUCGUCCCAAAAGAUAUCCAGAUUUCAUGAUGAAAAGUGAUAAAUUGCCUUAUUAUUCGUCUAAAAUCCUUGGAAAAUUAUAUCGUCAGUGUCAACAAUUGCAUCGAACCACCCAAAGACACAAAACUGUACCUGAGGAGCUCAUUAUCGAUGAUGACUUAGUAUUGUUAUUGACAGAAAAGGACACUAAAGAUGCAAUUUUACAAAGAGAUCUUUAUAAUAAUAAGCUGCGAGAGAUAAUGACGGAGUUUGGGUUAAGAAAUGAAUCUGAAGCAAUCACUGGGUUGAUUCAGACACUGAAACGUGGAAGAGGUUGUCUAAAAGACGAGAAAUUUCAAAUAGGAAAAAUAGUUCAAGAGAGAGUAUCAAUAUUAUGGAAAAAAACAAGGGCGAAUUUCUUUGCGGAAAUUGGUGGAGAAGAAAGAAAGUUUGAUUCAUUGGAGCCAAUGAUUCGAAAAGCAUCUGUCUGGUAUACUGUAACUUAUAAAAAUAGAACAGAGUCCACUGAACAGCUUUUAAGUUUUCCUUGGGUUGUCGCUGAUAUUUUGUCAUUACUCAAACAUGAACAGGAAAAACAUACUGUCAUAGAAGAAAUAGAAAAAUCAUUUGAAAGAAGAAUGAAUCAGUCUGAGGAAGUUCGAAUGAAUACUUUAAAGCGCCUUCAGUCUUUGCGUAGUAUGGUUGAGCAAAAUGAUCCCCCAAAUCUAUGUUUAGAGUGGAUCGAUUUAUGUGGACAUAACAUCGUGCUACCUGGCAAUAAUAAUCAGUAUUUGGGAGCUAAGAUGAACGACCUAGAACUGAUUAUCUCAACUAUACAAAGUUUACCAAGUUCUGGUCUUCCCACAAAUACCAAUGAAUUUAGAGAGAAACUAUGUUUUCUUUUAAAACUUGAAGAUAAUGUUGAUGGAUUUAUUACAAUAAUAACAGAUGAUGUUGUUGUAAAUAAAAGCAAAGCAAUCAACGAAGACCUAGAAAAGUAUCCAUCAGUGAAAAAUGUGGUCCAGUUCCUCCUUCAGGAAUUGGGGGACUGGUCAAUCCCUGGCACAUCAGCUGAUGUCAUCAAAUACAUGUUGCCUUUACUGCUUGUAAGGCAAUGUAAAAUAGAACAUUUUGUAUCCAGGAAAAAUGUCAAAGCAGCUAUCUUACUUGAUUGCUUGAAAAACGUGAGAGUUUUUCUACAAAAUAUUGUAGCAUCUUCAGACUUGCCAGACAGCUUACUUCAUUGGCUAGUUAAGAAUACGGAGGAUAUUGUGAGAAAGUGCAUGUUGAAAUAUAUAGAAAUAAGUCUAAGUUUAUCAGUAGAAACACAUGGGGAUUCAGAAGAGGAGCAAUUCGCUGUUUCUGAAUCUAUCCUAGUACCAAUUGAGUUUUGGUGUGCAGUUGAAUACGCGGAGCCUUAUAUGGAAUUCAAUUUGAGGGAAAAACAGCCGCUGAUGCUUUUAUCUAUUUUGAAGAUUCGGGAACGUCUAAGAUUUUAAAACUAGAAGCAAUUGGAACGACUCUUCAACUGGAGCAGAUUCAUAAGACUUUAUUUGAAAUAUCAACAAAUACUUUCAAUAAAAGAUUUAUUCAUGCAAAUUGUGGAUAAUCAUCGGUAGACGAAGCAAUAAAAAAAGGAUCAAGACAAGAUGACGAUACGAUAGCAUUUGAAGACUAUCGCGGUCCCUCCCAAGAUAGCCAUCAAAGAAAACCAAAAUACCUACCAGUUUUGAGAUCUUACAAUGACACAGAUGACGGGAAAGCUUUUCAAACAGCAUUCAGUCGACAAUGGAGAAAAAUCAGAAGUUAUUACAAUGAAGUCUUUCAUGGUGGACUGUACAUUGUCCUUGUAUUCGGGUCGUUUUAUGUUAUGUACAUAGAAGAAAUUCCUUUGACUGUAUCAGAAUUGACAAGGUUUUUGAGAACCUUUGAACAAAGGCGUGGUUAUGGUAAGGAAAAAAAAUACGUAUCUUACACCUGUUCGUUCUUGCCAAUGUAUGAAAAGGCCGAAAAAUUAAAGAAAAUUCUCAAAAAUUUUAUUCAAGUCGAGAAAAAGGUAAGAGUGAAAGUAAGAAUAAGAAAUGAGGGGUUUUUCGAUCUUGACGAACAUUUAGAGAUUCUACGUCAUAAUGCUCCUGAAAUGAAAUGGUUCAUAGGUCAAAUAAUCCGGCGAAAUUCGUCAUCGUCUGAUAACUCUAAAGCAGGCCUGUUUAAUGCUCGAUGUAAAAUCCAGUCAUAUAGGACAUUGACCAGAAAAGCCUUAAAUGAAAUAGAAAAAUACGAAAAGGUUCUAGGUAGUGAUAGACCACUUAUACAAAGAAAAGGGAAUGGAUUAUUGCGCGUGCUCGGAUCUUGUGACGUAUAUAAGAGAGAAAGAAACGACAAUAUAUUCAAAUAAGAACUUAAAUAUAGAAGGGAAAGUAUGGCGUACAAUGCAGCUUAAAGUAUCUAGGAUCAAAGAAUAUACUGUGGAAUCAAGGACCCGUUCUUGUAGGAUGAUAUCCGAUAGGACAGAAUUAGCAAUAGCACCAUAUAUUCCUGAUCUCAGUUCCUCCGAUGAUGAGAUAGAUAAGUAUUCAAAACAUUUGUGGGAUGUUGCUUUAUAUUUUUCAAAGGCAUUCGACGGCUAGAGGAUGAAUUUGUUAUUUGUUUAUACAAACAAAUAUUUACCAAUUAAUUCUUAAUUAACUGCAUUUUUUUUUCUAAAAUAUACUGUAUAGUAAUGUGAUUUAUUACAAAUGCACUCUUGAUUACAAAACUGUGUUCAUAUUCCCAUUAUUAAAAUGAAGUUUUAUUCUUUUUUCUAUUGAAAUAUAUGAUUAGUUACCGGAAUACAUUUUUAAAUCCAUGAAUGUAAAUUCUAAGAAAUAUACAGAUGAACCUUGGCAACCUGUGUACUUGUAUUCCCUAGCAAAUCAUCCUAAUGAAGAGUUACUCAAAUGCAUUAUUUAUAUUUAUUAUCAAUGUUCAUACUAGAAGAUGAGGCAUCGGGAUUAUUAUCGUCUCGACUAAGGAGACUUCACUUA